AUGCCCAAGAAUCACCGAGCGACUGAUACCAUGCUAAAAUAUCAAAGAGAAAGUAGAUAUGCAAAGAGAGAAAUUGAAAACUACCACAGUGACCUUGAUGAGUUACUGAGAGACAUAGAGAGAUUGAUCAACAUGCUAUAUCUUGAUAUAAAAGGAACAAAGUUAGCAAGGAUGCCAGAAGGAAUGGGUAGGUUGAAAGAUCUUCGAAUAAUAACAGAUUUUGUUUUAGGCUAUCAAACUGGAUCGAAAAUUAAUGAUUUGGGAAAGCUCAAGCAUCUACGUGGAAGAUUUUCCAUUUCAGGACUAAAAAAUGUUGCAAGUGCCAUAGAUGCCAAAAAUGCCAAUUUGAAGGAUAAGGUGAAUCUUAAAGAGUUGGAGUUGAGUUGGGGUGAAGAUAAUGAUAUUGAUGGUGAUUCAAGGCAUGAUAGAGAAGUACUUGAACAACUAAAGCCUCAUACAAAUUUGGAGCAUCUUUUUAUUAGGAGUUAUCUUCCUUACAUGAUUAGUGAUAAAGCUUUCCCUCUUCUACAAGAGUUAUGCAUUAGAUAUUGUCCAAAACUAACUAAGUCUCUUCCCAAACACCUCCCUUGUUUAAAGAAACUGAAGAUUAAAGAUUGUGAGAAGCUUGGAGGCUUGCUUCCAACGGCACCAAGCAUUUUGGAACUUGAGUUAAAGAAAUGCAAAGCAUUGCAGUUGGAGCCAUUGGCUUGUGGGCUUCAGAAGUUGGACAUUACAGAUUCGAAUAUGGAUGAUUCUGCAUUGGAACAAAUGUUGCAACAAUGCACACUUCUUGACAAUUUAUGUUUGUCAGGUUGUUCAGAAAUUAGAUCCCUUUCUGAAGUUAGGGUGCCCAUCACAUUGAAGCAAUUAGAGUUCUAUUCAUGUGAAAGCGUGGAUUAUUCCAAUAUCUUCUUGUAUACAUCCCUUGAAUCCUUGGAUAUUUAUAGUUGGAAGUGUCAUGGAUUGGAAUCUUUCCUAUUAGGAUCGCUUCUUAUGCUAAAGCAAGUUCAUAUUAGGGGAUAUGGAUUAGCUGUCACCAAUUUGACCCGACUUUGGCUUUUAAAUUGCGGAAGUUUAAAGUCAUUGCCAGAGCAAAUGCACUCCGUCUUUCCAUCCCUUGAGUAUUUGACAAUAGUUGGAUGUCCAGAAAUAGAGAGGGUUCCAAAAGAGGGUUUGCCCUCCAAAUUAAAAGAAAUUAGAAUAUUUGAGAGUGAUAAACUAAUUGAGAGCUUGAUUAGAAAAAGGGAAUGGAGUUUGCAUACACUCCCUUCUCUUACAUCUUUAUAUAUCAGGGAUUCAGAAGUAGAGAUGGAGUGUUUUCCAGAUGAACAUCUGCUUCCCUCUUCUCUUACGUCUCUCAAUAUCUCUAGUCUUCGAAAUCUAAAGAGUUUGGAAUAUAAAGGGUUUCAACACCUCACCUCUCUUUGCAAUUUGUCAAUCUACAAUUGUCCCAAGCUCCAAUCCAUGCCGCCAAACAUGCUCCCUCCCUUUCUUUCUCAUUUGUGCAUUAAAAAUUGUCCUUUGCUGAAGGAACAUUGUGAAAAGGAUAAAGAUAAAGAUUGGGCCAACAUUUUCCACAUCCCUGUCAUUGUAAUUGAUGAACAAGUCAUCAUAUAG